UAUUCGCGUUGCAUACGAUAUUGAUGCUUUUGGACACCGUGUCUUUAUUAUAUGGCUCUAGGCUCCAGGCAAUCGAUGAGUUUGUCGCUUGGCCUUGGGGAAAUAUGAGGCUCAGAGACAUGGGCAGCAUAUGAAAAUUUGCCUUCGUCUACGCGUCAAAUGUCCUCGUAAUGGUUUUGAUUUCUGGAUGGGCUCUUUUAAAAUUUCGUAUUUCAUCUCCAUUUUCGAGUUCUUUGAACUUCCUGUGAAUACCUUGACAACUGACCUUUGACUCUGAAUUAUAUCUGGCCCAUACUAUAUCCUUCAAAUCUUUCCCUGAGACUCGCACACUGACCGAAUAUGCCAACGGUUAAUCAGAAUAGGAGCGGUUAUCCAGGGCAUGUCAGGUCCCCUGGGAGUCCUCUUCAGGCCAACGCCGCCACGUCGGAGUUUCUGUCAAGCCCUAUUUUGACUCCUCCGCAUGGAGGAUCCGACGGCUGGGAAGACUUGGGCUCUGCAAUCGAACUACAAGACGAUCGUGAGACCCAGUUUUUGAACGUCGUCGAUGACAUACGCUCCCAUGACCUCAAUCGUGAAUUGAGCCUUCCACAACUCGUCGUGUGUGGCUCCCAAUCAAGCGGCAAGAGUUCGGUCCUUGAGGCUAUUACUCGAGUCCCGUUUCCACGAGGCGAUACAACAUGCACUCGUUUCGUCACCGAGAUCCGCCUGCUGCGCGACAAUGUUCGCUCGGUGAACGUCAGCAUCAUCCCUGAUAGCUCACGCAGUCCCGCCAACCAAGCCGCCCUUAGUGGCUUCAACAUGUCUCGACCUUCGCAUCGGUUGGAAGAGCUGAUGAAGGAAGCAUCGCGUGCCAUGGGGUUCACCGACAAUCCAGCAUCGAGUGGCCUUAAGUUCUCAAAAGACAUCCUUCGAGUGGAAAUCCGUGGACCGACCAACCAACGACUAACUAUCGUUGAUCUUCCUGGCCUCAUCCAAGUUGACCGCCGAGAUCGAGAUGGAGAAGUGCUGAUGGUCGACGAACUUACGGAUCGCUACAUUCAGGACCCGCAGUCCAUCAUCCUCGCCAUUCUCAAUGCCGACGACAACUUCCAGAAGCAUCGCAUCUUGCAGAAAGCUCGUGACGUGGACCCGGAAGGCCGACGAACUUUUGGCAUCAUCACCAAGCCGGACCGCACCGAACCAGGCAUGGACAACGAAGCUGAGUGGAUCCGAAUUGUUCAGGGCCGAAAUGAGGAUGUCCAGUUCCAGCAAGGAUGUCACGUCUUAGUCAAUCGUACCGCCAUUGAAGUCGUCAGCAACACUUCAUCAGAGGAGAGAGACCGCAAAGAAGAGGCAUUCUUUAAAGAAGAACGAUACUCCCAAGGCGAGCAUGCGGGCAAACCAAAUCGUUGGCAUGUGCUGCACCGAGUGGAUAGAUGGGGAGUUAAGCAUUUGCGGAACAGGCUUAAAACCGUCUUGUUCAAGCACACGCUCGACCAAAUGCCUCGUCUCAAGAAGGACAUCAAGCAAAAGCUCGCUGGUUACGAUGACGAGUUGAAGGCGGUAUCGAACGGACUCAAGGACCCCCAUGAGAUGAAGCGAAUACUAAGCGACAUUAGCAUGGAGAUGUCAAUCAUCACCGAACACGGCGCAAAAGGUACAUACAAUGAGCAUGAAUUCUUUCAGCUGUCCGAGGCUGAGCGCGGCCGUUAUCUCCGCGCCAAGAUUCGCUCCGAAGAGCGAAACUUCUUUGACGAGCUCAAACAGCAUGGCCAUAACAUGGAAUAUGCCUGGACCCCCAACGGCAUCGUCCCUUCUGACGGGACCGAAUGGGUCCAGAAAUUCUACGAUGUCCUGGUCAAAACUCAGGGCGCGGAACUUCCCGGUUACUUCGACCCGCAGCGCAUCAACCUCCUCUUCGUGGACUAUUCGAACCCAUGGAAGGAUAUUGCAGAGGAUUAUGUCGAGCGGGCCUUCGAGCACUGCCGGACCUUCCUUCUCGAGGUCCUUGCAUUCAAAUUGAAUAGCCAGUUCCCUGCGCUGAGUUCCCGCUUCUGGGCGCAUGUCCUCGAAGACCGUCUCGAUGAGCGAAAAGGCUGCGCGGUAGAGGAACUUGGCAAGCUGGAGGUCGAUCGACUUGGAACUGUCAUCACUGAGAACGAGAGGUUUUGGCAAGAGAGCAGUCGCACGUACGCCAGCCGAAUGUUCCGAAAAAUCAACACUGCUCAAGACCUCAUCCCGACUGAAGAGCACGAGCCUGCCCUGAGCAUCAUCGGAAAUACGCCGGAGUUGACAGCUCAAGCGCUAGGAAUGGGGGAUGAGGAAAGCCUCCGCAGAGAUACGGCGGUGAAGAUGAUUCAAGAUAUGCUAAUUUACUAUAAUAUCUCACGGGAUAGAUUCAUCGACAAUGUCCUCAUUCAAGUGGUCGAGCGACAUCUGCUCGUGGGUUUGAGAAAGGUGUUCCAGCUGGACUGGAUAGAUGAUGACGCCCUGUUUGAACAAGUCUACCAUGAUCCGGAUCACGAGACCAAUUUGCGGAAGAAGCGAAUAUUGGGGGAGAGGAGGAAGAAUUUGAGGAACUGCUUGGCUAGUUUCGAGGGAGACCCUUUUCAUUUGGCUUUAUUCGGGAUGUACUCUGGCUGCUUGUUUCGUGUUUCUGUUUGGCGCCUAAGGCACCAAGGCGUAGAAAUCCUCUGCUUCCCAACAACCCACACCAUCGUCGGUUUGGACUUCCCACUAUCAAAAAUGCACCAAGGAAUGAAUUUCUUCGCAAUCUCGAUUAAUAUUAUGGGCAAAAAAGACAAAAAGAAAUGCACUAACCCGGAAUCGAACCGGGGCCGCGUCGAUGGCAACGACACAUUCUACCACUAG